UUCGCUCAUUCUUAAACUACAUAAAAACCCUAGCUCCGCUCCACGCUUUUUCUAUUUGUUUAGUCUUUAUUCGCUCGCCGCCGUUCUUAUAUUUGCUUUUGCCGACGAGUACGAAAGUUUGAUCAAAGCAGUAGCAACAAUGGCCGGAAAAGGUGAUGGACCAGCGAUCGGUAUAGAUCUGGGAACCACCUACUCUUGCGUGGGUGUUUGGCAACACGAUCGGGUCGAGAUCAUCGCCAACGACCAGGGUAACAGGACGACGCCGUCUUAUGUCGCUUUCACUGAUUCCGAGCGUUUGAUCGGUGACGCCGCCAAGAACCAGGUUGCCAUGAACCCGAUCAACACCGUCUUCGAUGCAAAGAGAUUGAUCGGUAGGAGAUACAGUGAUGCAUCGGUUCAGAGCGAUAUCAAGCUCUGGCCAUUCAAGGUUAUUCCAGGAGCUGGAGACAAGCCCAUGAUUGUGGUUAACUACAAGGGCGAAGAGAAACAGUUCGCUGCUGAAGAAAUCUCCUCUAUGGUCCUCAUCAAGAUGCGUGAGAUCGCCGAGGCUUACCUUGGUUCCACCAUCAAAAACGCCGUCGUCACCGUCCCUGCUUACUUCAAUGACUCCCAGCGUCAGGCUACCAAGGAUGCCGGUGUUAUUGCUGGCCUUAAUGUGAUGCGUAUCAUCAAUGAGCCCACUGCCGCUGCCAUUGCCUACGGGCUUGACAAGAAGGCCACUAGCGUGGGUGAGAAGAACGUGUUGAUCUUUGAUUUGGGUGGUGGUACUUUUGAUGUGUCAUUGCUCACCAUUGAAGAGGGUAUCUUCGAGGUGAAAGCUACCGCUGGUGAUACUCACCUUGGAGGAGAGGAUUUCGAUAACAGAAUGGUGAACCACUUUGUUCAGGAGUUCAAGAGGAAGCACAAGAAGGAUAUUAGUGGCAACCCAAGAGCCCUAAGGAGGUUGAGGACUGCCUGUGAGAGAGCAAAGAGGACUCUCUCAUCCACCGCCCAAACUACCAUUGAAAUUGAUUCCCUUUAUGAGGGUGUUGAUUUUUACUCCACAAUUACCCGUGCCAGAUUCGAGGAGCUCAACAUGGACCUGUUCAGGAAGUGUAUGGAGCCCGUUGAGAAGUGUUUGAGAGAUGCUAAGAUGGACAAGAGCACUGUCCAUGAUGUUGUUCUUGUGGGAGGUUCUACCAGAAUUCCCAAGGUGCAGCAGCUGUUGCAAGAUUUCUUCAACGGAAAGGAGCUCUGCAAGAGUAUCAACCCUGAUGAGGCCGUUGCAUACGGUGCAGCUGUUCAGGCUGCAAUCUUAAGUGGUGAAGGCAAUGAGAAGGUCCAGGAUCUGUUGCUUUUGGAUGUCACUCCUCUGUCUCUAGGUUUGGAGACUGCUGGAGGUGUUAUGACAGUGUUGAUUCCUAGGAACACAACUAUUCCCACCAAGAAGGAGCAGGUUUUCUCUACCUACUCGGACAACCAACCAGGCGUGUUGAUCCAGGUGUACGAGGGUGAGAGAGCUAGAACAAGGGAUAACAACUUGUUGGGUAAAUUCGAGCUUUCUGGCAUUCCUCCAGCACCCAGGGGUGUUCCCCAGAUUACUGUUUGCUUCGACAUUGAUGCAAAUGGUAUUCUCAAUGUUUCUGCUGAGGACAAGACCACUGGCCAGAAGAACAAGAUCACCAUUACCAACGAUAAGGGAAGGUUGUCUAAGGAAGAAAUCGAGAAGAUGGUUCAGGAGGCUGAGAAAUACAAGUCAGAAGAUGAGGAACAUAAAAAGAAGGUGGAUGCCAAGAAUGCUCUGGAGAACUAUGCCUACAACAUGAGGAACACCAUCAAGGAUGAGAAGAUCAGUUCGAAGCUUUCCGAUGCCGACAAGAAGAAGAUAGAGGAUGCCAUUGACCAAGCUAUUCAGUGGUUGGAUGGCAACCAGCUUGCGGAGGCCGAUGAGUUCGAGGACAAGAUGAAGGAAUUGGAAAGCAUUUGCAACCCCAUCAUUGCAAAGAUGUACCAGGGUGCUGGUGCUGGUGCUGGUGGUCCUGACGUGGGUGGUGGCUUCGACGAUGAUGUUCCUCCUCCUUCUGGUGGUAGCAGUGCAGGUCCCAAGAUUGAAGAAGUCGAUUAAGCCAAGAUCAAUUAUAUAUAAACAUAUGUACUUUCGAUUUGGGAUGUUUUACCAGUUGUUUUGUCGCUUUUCUUAAUUUUGUUUGCGAUGAACAAUUUAUGUUUUAUGUAGGCUCUCGGAAAGUGUAGUCACCGGCAGAAUGAUAAUCCCAAAUGCUAUCUUUUCUUUUUGUCCCCACCCUGGUUGCAAUUGCGUUUGAGAUAUUUUAUAAUAUUUUAGCUUUUUAAAUUAA